UUUUUAGGUUCUCUUGAUUAAACAUUCCAUUAUUUGUCCGUGAUGACUUCCUCAACCUUUGGAGUAAGAAUGCCUUUUCACAGUUUUGUCUUUCACAUGAAAGAGGAAACAUUCCUCAGUGUAUUUUCAUUAGCGACCCUGUAUUCUAUUGAUUAAACACCUUAUUAUGUCAUUAUUUAAACUUCGUGAUAUUUGGUCUACUCAGGUGAAUAGAAACAGUGAUGAAGAUGAAUUUUGUUUGAAAUUAAGUCCAUUGCAUAACUUGAAUAAAUCUCAGUAUUUCAUUCUUGUUGGAACUUUCUCUGGUAUUCUAUCGAUCUUUCUACCUCGAGCUAGAGAAUGUGCCACUGCUGCCGAUGGUGAUGAUUUAUUCUGUCAAUCACAACACUGUGAAGAUUUAUGUCUUGAAUAUCAUGUCGAGCAUCCUAUACUCUCAAUUGAUUGUGGCCAUCUUGUCACAGAAUCGGAUAGUCAAUAUCAACAGAUUGUAAUUCUUCAUCCACAAAUGCUAUCCGUAUAUACCUUGACAAAAUCUGACAGCUCAGCAGCUGAUGAAGACACGAAAUAUCCUGUGACUUUUUCAUUCGAUUCAUGGAAAUUAACCAGUCUUAUCAAUCUCAGAAUUGAAAAGCCUUCAUUUCAUAUGUUUAUUGGCAAGUUUAUUGAACACAUUCAAACAGAUGUGAUUUGUGUACAAAUGAUUGAUGCAUCGUUUUGUUUUUAUAAUUUAUCAGGAGUAUUAUUUAACAUUGCCUUGUCAAGUAUGCUUAUUAUACCAGGCCCUGUUGUUUUUCUUCAAUCUAACUGCACAAUGUUGACAAGUGCUUCAAGAAGCGUGUAUUGUUUUAGUUUUACGCCUUCAAGUGUUGAUGACACCUCCUACAUGUCAUGUGAUAUAAAUAAUAAUAAUAAUAGUAAAAAUAUUCUACUGAAUUGGUCUAUAGUUUUAGAAGAACCAAUAUUUAGUAUGGAAAAGAUUGAAGCACCAAGUAAUCGUGGGAGGCAUUUCCCCAUAUCUUAUAUUAUUGUUUUGGGCAGAAGACGGAUUAUUCUACUUUCAGAAACUGGUUGUAUAUUAUUUAGUCGACAAAUUGAUAUUCCGCCGAGGCAUUUAUGCAUAUAUGGAUAUGCGGAGGUGGAUUCGCUUACUUCUCAUGAAAACCCAUCAGUUAAUAAUAGUAAUAAUAAUGUUCGAAGUAUACCUACUUGGAAGCCGCGUUUUCUAAUCACAACAGAGAAGAAUCAAUUGCUUGUAUUUAAGGGUAUAGAGAUAUUAUGGUCUGCAUUACUACCGAUAGGUUCACUUCACUGUUCUAUCCCAAUAUCUCCGUUGGAUUCAUUCAAAUGUGGCGGAAAUACUCUUCCAACAGUAGGCGUAAACUUCCCGCCUGGUUUGAUUGUCCUACUCAAUUCAAAUAGUCGACUUACUCUCUCCUAUCUUGGUACAGAUCCAUCGGAGUCAGUGGUUCCAAAUAUUCUAAAGACAAUACCUCAUAAAAAUGGUAAUAAUAGUAUCCAAGAUCAAUUAACUAAUGAAAACUUUAAUAAAGAAAUGAAUCAAUUAAAUGAACGUAUCAAUAAUUUACUGAAGACUAGCCAGUCAUCAUCUGCAUUACUUUCUAGUAAUAUUCAGCAUAAAGACAAUCAGGUUGAGAGCACUUCUGUUCCAAAACUGAAAGCAAACAUUCGUCUACCUUCAGAAUCAAUCAAUAAUGAUCAAAUUUGUUUUAUUGAUAUAAUUAUUGAAUUUCCUAAAAAAUAUUCUAGGAAACAAUUUACAUAUGUUCACCUUUUAACUUAUUCCUGUCCACCAGUUGUAAUCAAUCCUAAUUAUAUUGAAAUUUCAAAUCCGCGCAAAAAUCACGAUUUUGUUUUAAUGAAUCAAAUGCCUAAUUCACAUAGACAUUUGUACACGAUAACAUGUAACAUUGGAGACAUUGAUCAUACGAAUAAUAAUAAUGAUGAUGAUAACGAUGAAGCAGAUGAGUAUGCAAGGAGGUCAUUUCAACCUCCAUUAGAUAUGGUUGUGAUAUUAAUGCUUUAUUAUACUUUUACAUACACGAAGACAGAUCACAAUGGUAAUAAUACUAAUAAUAAUGAUAGCAUCAGCGUUUCUGGUGAUACUUCAUCUGUCUCCACUCAUUCCAUCUCAAAAUGUUUAAAACGGUGUAUAAAAAUCCCUUUAAAUUUAUGUACAACUUCUAAUAUUGUAGAUAAACGUCAAGUGGAGGGAAGAUUUUCACUUUAUUUUCAAUUAUUAACAAAGUUUAAUAAUAAUAAGGAUUCAAAGAAUAUACAUCUACCAAAUUUAUUUCCAAAUUUAUGGUCAAAACUUUAUACUACUGAUUUAAAUGAUAGUAGUAAUGUGAAGAGCAAGAAAAAUAAUACAGUAAUGCGUGUUUCAUUUUGUGGGUUUAAAAACCCCGUUAAACUUGAUUAUUGUGCAUAUAUUUCGCUAAAUUGCAAAAAAUCUCUACUUAAACUACAGAGUAAUUAUUCUGAGAUAUUUUGGCCAAUUCUGCAAGAAUUAAUAUACUACAAUACCUUUACAAAGAAGCCUAAAAAUGAUUGUUUGAAUGGUGGCAGUAAUUUUUUCUCUGAUAACGAUUAUCUGCAUAUCGUAUUGUAUAAGAAAAAUUCCCCAGAAGGUAUGAACAAACAUCGUAUUCCUGAAAGAUCAUCCUUGUUAGUAUUCAACGAGUAUGCUGCUCAGAUUGAACCACUCUUUAAUCAAUUAUCUGUCAAUCUAGAGGAUCAUAUCAAUAAACGGGUAGAAUUAGUUCAGGCGAUCGUUAAACUUACUGUACACAGCAAACACUUUCAUACUGUACAAGGAGAAGUUAUGAACAGGAUCAAGAAUAGUCUGCCAAAUUGUUUAAAUGGAUUUGACUUAUUACUGAAGAGGGAUUUAACUAAUUUAUUGAAUAUUUGUGAUUUACUUGAACACCUAACAGGGGAACAUUUUCAGUCUGGUAUCUCUGUUAUAUCGUUGAUUGUUUUAUUAAGUUUUCUGUGUUUAUUUUGCAUAGACUCAUCUCCUCAAACUGGGUCAUCUUGUUUUCCUUUAAGCUGUAAUUUAUCAAAUGUAGAGAAUUAUUUAACUGUGUUGGAGCCAGCCAGUUUGGUCAGUCUGUUGAAUUCAACUGUACUCUUAGAAAAUAUUCGAGGUACAGAAUUACCAUCUGAAAAGCUUUCAACUACUGAAAUGUUGUGUUCAGGAAACUUUCAUUUAGGACUUGAAGAGUAUUUACAGGCAAAAAUCAAUUACCUUUUAGAAAUUAUCCAACUCAAGGAUAAAACUGUCAAUGAUGAGAUCAAGAUGUCUCCGAUAGACGGAGGAGGACAACAGCGGCAGUUAGGUGAUAAUUCAUUGUCCGUUGUUAAAUCUGUUCAUGAACAAUUUUAUCAACUUUGUAAAUGUUUUACUUCUUGUAAUUAUAAAGAUAUAAUUCUGUAUUCCUCUGAUCAAUGACGUUAAAAACUAGUGAUUUUUCUAAAAUAAAUCAGUUUGUUUUGUUUGAAUGAGACAUCUUUAUUUCACAGAGGAUUAAUGAUCAUGCCUAACUGAAAUGAAUGCAUGUACAUAUGACUUAGACCUGUCUCAAUUGACAGCAAUUAAAAAUACCUCAUGGAUGAUUAUUUUCCCAAGUUGAUUGUUCUGUUUUAGGUUUUUCUAAUCUACCUUUUUUUCACUGUGUGCAGUCUUUCACUAUUUUGUCGUCUUCCGUUUAAAGAAUAUUAUGUACAAUUUCCUACUACCUAUAUUCUUCACACAUUCAUCUUGAUCCCAUCAAAUCUAUCAUCUUUUCUAUUUCCAAUAUUGUUCCCAUAAACAAAUGACAAAAAAUAAACGCAUUAUAGUAUUAUU